AUGGAAUCCCACCAACGUCAUUCGACGCUCCGUGUCGCUUGGGAGUAUAUAGACGACCUGAGAAUCCUCUUCAAUGCUCGUUUGAAUCAUCUCGAGGCAUGGCAGGUUCUUACUUCUACUCUAUUCGAAUAAUCUAACAGAAUAUCCAAGGUGGUUUGCUAUUCUCUGUCUUUCUGCUUCUUCAUCGCCUGGUUCCGCCGCAUGACUCGAUCCAGUGAACCGCUUUUUGUCCAGAUCAAGUGCACAGAAAUGUUUUUUCUUCUAAAAUCGAACUAAUUGAAGACUUUCGACGUACAAAGUUUUGCGGUCGCUGCCAUGGGUGAAGCGGAAGAUCGAGGCCGAGUUGGCACGAGCGAUGAAGGACAUCGAGGACGAGGUCCACCAGUGCGACCAGAACCGUGGCUUCUACAAGUUUUUGCCGGAACGAUGUAUGGGCGAGGAGGAGAUCCUGGCCGAGGCGCGUCGCUACGCGAUGAUGGGCGAAAGAAGGUUCUUUUUAGGCUUUUGGUCGGCAUCUGAAGAGAACAAAUUCUUAGAUAUAUGCAGCACUCAGAUCCUCAAACUCGGAAUGAAGAUAUGCAGCUCUGCGCAAAGGUUGACCUUUCUGAAGGAAUUGAUUUCGACGUUCUGUAGGUGUUCGACCUCUUCUCUCACUCGGAUCCUCACCGUUCUGACGCCUUUCCCGGCGUCCGCAAGAUGGAAGCAGAGAUUCUGCGGAUGACGUGCGCCAUGUUUCACGGAGGCAAAGAUUCUUGCGGAGUCGUCGCCGGCGGCGGAACAGAAGCUCUCCUUCUUGCUUGCUUAGGUUCGUAUUUCACUGCUUCUGUACUCAACCGAGUAUACUAUAAUGAAAAAUAAUUUCGAUACUCGUAGUCAAGAAGAAGAGGCAAAUAUUGGAAAGAUUCAGAGUACCCGGCGAUAACUUUUAUGAAGUUAAACUUUGACAAAAAAAAAUGGCGUGAGAUCAUUCUUGAGUCUCUGGCUGCUCUAGAGCUGUUUCUAUAAGUUCCAACAUAUUGAAUAAUUGAAGUGAAAUCCUGGAUUGGAAACGAAUGAAUAGUGGAAAAAGGGUUUCAGAAGUCUUAAAGCGAUUUCUCAGUUGAUGGAGCGAAUAUUGUUCAACUUUCUCUAUUACUGUAGAAUGAUUGCAAGAAAGUAAAUUCUGAACUUUUAGAGACUUACGAAAGACUAAAUGUCCAGUAGUUUUUUGAUCUGGUUUGAUAAAGACUUUACAAAAGUUUUCCAUGAGCACAGCUAUGUUUUAGCGGACAUUUGCAGCUUACCGCAACCGAUGUCGUUCGAUGAGCGAUUAUCGAGCGGAGAUCGUCGCUCCAUCGACGGCCCAUCCCGCUUUGGACAAAGCCGCCGCCCUUUUUGACAUGACCAUCCGAAGGUCCUCUUUUCGAAAUUUCUUACUUGCAUUCAAUUAUCAAUCAGUUAUUCUGCGUAAAAAUAUCUCAAAGGAAGGACGCGAAGUUUGAAUUUUUUCGGAACUUAAAAUCUUUAUAUUACAUAAAAAGCCAGGCGUUUGAACCUAAAAGGAAAGACAAGGUUGGGUUAUACAAAAUAGAAUCUGAAAAUGCUUGAAUGAUACUCCGAAAAAAAAUUAUUUUUCAAGUUUCUUUUUACAAAAAUGGUGAAUGUUCUAUAAAAACGGCCGCUCUUUUGAUCUUCUUUUUGUUCAGGAUUCCCGUGCGCGAAGAUGAUGACCGGGCGGACCUCGGCGCCAUGAAACGCGCUAUCGGACCGCACACUUGCAUGGUUGGUUUUUUUGUUCGGAUUCUUCUUUUCCACGCGAUCUUGUCUUCAGAUAAUUGCCAGCGCACCCAACCAUAUCACCGGAUCUGUGGAUCCGAUCGAAAAACUGGCCAAGGUGAAGCCUUUCAAAGUAUAUUUGGUCAUGAAACAUGAAGGCAAUGAGAAAGCUUUGUGGAAAUGGUGAUUUCGUUCCCGUUAUUUGGGAUUCAAAGUUUCAAUAUUUCUAGUUUUUUUUUGUUCUUGCAAGAAGAACCGGGGAUAUUCACGGCUGAUAAGCCGAGAAUGAAACGGGAAUGUUAGCUUUGAAGUAUGAUGAUUAAUUUUUGCAGUUGGCCCAACGCUACCAGAUUCCGCUGCACGUCGACUGCACCCUCGGCGGCUUCCUGCUGCCUUUCAUGGAGUACGCGGAUUAUCCCGUUCCGGCCUUCGAUUUCCGAAUUCCUGGCGUCACCUCUAUCUCCACCGACCUUCACCGUGUCCGUUUAACCUUUUUUUGAAUCUUUGAUCAGCAUAAUAAUUCUGUCAGAACUGCGUUUUUGAUCAAGUUUCACUUCUAGUAUGGCCAAUGUCCCGGAAUCCUGUCGGUGUUGAUGUACCGUGAUCCGACGAUGCUUCGUCAUCAGUUCUUCACCAACUCGAACUGGCCUGGUGGUGCCUAUGCGACGCCUACGAUGGACGGCGCCAGAGACGGUGGCGCCGUCGCCACAACGUGGGCCACCAUGCUGCGAAAGGUAUUUUCAUCACAGAGUUUUAAAAAAAUAAUUAAAAUCCAAUUUCUUUUGAAUUAACAACAAAUAGUGCGGAGAUAAAAUUUUCCAUCCCUUCAUGUUACUCAUUUUCGCGUUUUCCUGAAUGGUAAAAUGAAAAAAAAAUGAAAAAACUUUCUUUCAAACCAAAAGGUACAUGAUAAAAAAUGUCUGAAGAUCAAAACAGAACUUCUCGAUUACAGAAUGAAUUUAGGGUCGUGAUGGCUACGUGAAUGCUUGUCAGAGAGUCGUCGAGGCCACUCGUUUGCUGGGAGAUAAACUUUCCUCGACUGAUGGUACGAAUCCUUUUCCCUCUGGCUUCAGUCCUUGUCCUAGGAAUCUCUCUCCGUGGAUCUGCGGACUUGUGCGUCGUCGCUUUCACGACUUCCGAAGUGGAUAUCUACACCGUCGUCGACCAGAUGGUCGCCAAGGUUCUACUGAAGUGCGAGAACCUCCUAGGGAUCACUUCAGGGAUGGCAUGUCGAUCCUCUCCUGUCCCCGAUGGCGGCGCGUGUCGCCGUCACACUAGGAAUGUGUGAAGAAGGCGUAAUCGAUGCUUUCAUGGAUGACGUCAUCGACGCCAUCGGAUGCAUCAAGUCUCCAUUAUUUCGUGCUUAAAGUCAACUGAGAAUUUCAGAACUGGAGAAGCGAAGCCGGGCAACACGACUUCUCUCUACCAUAUGCUAGCUAAGGUUGAACUUUUUUUGGUGUGAUCAGAAACUUUUCGAAUUCGCUUGUUUUUCAACUUAGAGUUUUUUGUUGAAAAGCUGGUGACAAAAGGAGAACAUUGACUCUUUCACGAAUUUCUGCACAGAUUUGAAUAAUUUUAAAAGAGAGAAUAUGAUUUUCCUCCUCAUAUUUUUAAUCAGAAUGACUUUAUUUCAUGAACGGAAACAAGAGCGAUGAAAACCACUGGAAAAAAAUAAGAUAUAUUACAAACAUUUUCAUAGUAAAUGUUUCAGUUUUUUUUUUUUGACCUGUAAUUGGCAAAAGUUUUCUAAAGGUGUUUGUUUUUUUUUUUACGAAUUAUAAACAGCUACGAAAUCGCCAAAAUAGUCAUGACAAAACAAUUUUUCUCUGUUUUGUGUUGCGCGAACUGAUGAAUCAUGACAAAAAAACAAGUGAGGAAGAGGAAAUUGCAGGUCUCGGACCGCAGUCUUAUCGACGAGCUCUCCUUGUUGCGCCUCUACGCCCACUACAGCAUUCCACCGACUUUCGAACGCCGCAAUCUUCGGUUUGUCAUCCUACGGAAGUCGCCCCAAUCGAAAUUACAGUGCGCUGUCCGUGGAGGGCCGGAAGAUGAGCAUGUUGGCCAACUCGGAAACCCAGAAAAAGCUCGAAGACCUGCGACGCCGUUACAUCCACGAAAAGAGCUCUAAAGAACCCAAAGCCGAAUUCUCUUGA